AUGGAAUACUGUCGUUACAUAGAGACUAGCAGGUCAGGACAGCCGACUUUGAGGGAAAAUGAAAACGAUAUCUUGAUUGACUAUUCAGUCGGUCUUUACAGUGGGAAAUUGAAGCAGCUGGAUAAGCAAGAUGGUAGGGUGUUUUUAACGUCACAGAGACUUAUUUAUGUGGAUAAUAAGUUGCCUGUCAGUAAUUCAAUCUUUUUGGAGUUGGAUAAUAUUGAAUCAAUAGAUUACAAUGGAAGUUUUCUGAAAAAAUCACCAAAGAUAAUCAUUUUUCUAAAGAAAAGAAACUCAGAGAAGGAUAAGAAGACUAGGAAUGUGAAUUCACUCUGGAAAUGUCCCAUUUGUCAAUCUGAUAAUAUAUUAAAUGGAAUCAAGCUUUCCAUGGAGAAUGCUAAAGAACAGGGAUUGGUCUGCAACAUCUGUGGAGUACCUUUAGACUUCUCUUUGAUCAAGGAUUCACUGACAUAUAGUAAACCAUCUCGAAAUAGUUCUCAUGAAGAUAGUAUUUGUCCUGCAUGUACAUUCAUGAAUCAUCCGGAUCUUACGAACUGCGAAAUAUGUGGUACAAGAUUGAAAAAACAGGCUGGGGUUAUUGUUUCUGAUUCGAAAAAACCUUUAUUUAUUCAGUUAAGUUUUAGGAGGUCAGACGGUACACUAUUCUAUCAAGCAUUAACAAAUCUAUUGAAAGAGAUAAAACAUAAGGAUGUCUUUAAUAAAAACGCAACUACUAUAAAUGGUGUUUUAAUCAAUGAAAGGGAGAAAGAAAAAUUGGCCAAAAAUUCCAACUUUGCCAUUAGUGAGAAUAAAAUGGACCUAGUAGGAAUAAGUGGGUUAGAGAAAUCCAGGGAAAAUCAAUUAUUAAACAAUGAUAUCUUGUUCAACAAUGCCUUGACCGAUAUGAAUAAUUUGAUGUCCCUAGUAGAUAAAAUUCAAAGACUGUAUAGAAAUAAGGACUACGAAAUAAAGGUAAAACCUUCUUUGAUCAUAGAUAGGGAGAAGUUCUUUGACAAAGACUAUUUUAUGGAUGAGAUUGCAAGAGAAAUCUAUGAGUUUGCAAUAUUGGAAUUUCAAAAUGAUGGUAACGUAAUGAUAACGCUGGUGGAUCUGUAUGCCAUGUAUAACAAGACGAUGAGAAUUGGUACAGGUCUUAUUUCACCUCAAGAAAUGAAAGAAGCUUGUGAAAGAUUCACAAAACUGGGAUUGGAAGAAUUAAAAUUAAUGAAAAUUAAUAAUAGAGUUCUUUGUCUUUCAAGUGUCAAUUCAUUUGAAGUAAUAAAAUCUAAGAUUAUUAAAUUUGUUGAAGAUUGUCCAGGAUCAGAUGUUUUAAAAAUAAAUCAACAUUUGAAUCCAGAAUCACAAGCAAAUAGUAACUGGACAAUGGGUGUCAUUGCUGAAAUAUUACAGGAUUGUAUGGAUAGCGAAAAACUUGUUAUUGAUGAACAACUAAGCGGCAUCCACUACUACAAAAACAAUAGUUGGUUAUAG